GUUACGAGUGUAGGCGACAAUUUUAAUUUAAUCUCCGUGUUCGCAUCGCAAAUUAAGUUUAAAUUCACGAAAAACAUGUUCAAAUCAUCCUUGCGACGCUUUUCCUUCAUUCUCACGUUCGAGAUACUCUUCAUAAUUGCCGAUAUUUGCAUCAACAGUUUCUCGUAUCUGACCCGAGGCAACAAAGUUUGUGUUAUUUUCCUCUUUUUAUUACAAGAUGCUUUGUUGCUACUUUCGAUGACGGCGAUCAUUUUCAGCCUUUAUUCAACUUACGUCUAUCAGGCUGGAUUGGCGCAACUUAUCUACAAAAAGUUUCGAUGUGCUUUGAUAAUUUGCUUCACGUAUUUUACUCUGACGUCUCUUCAUGGCUUUUUGGUAAUUGGGAAGUGGUUUGUCUGGCCCGAAGCACUCACAGCCUUAUUCAUCGUGCAGAGAUUAUUUUCUCCCUUAUACUACUACUUCUUCAAGCGAUCCGCCUUGAGAAUGAGCGAUCCUCGAUUUUAUGACAACAUUGAUUGGUUAACAAACGAAGUUUUGGGAUCAAAUUAGAGCUCUUCCAAAAGAAAUCUAUAUCAAAAAACAGGACAGCAAUGUAAAUACUUAUCUAUUUUUUUGUAAAAAUAUAGGAGUUGACUCUUAAAAACUCGUCUAA